AGCUCCUUUAACCAGGCAGGGCUUUGGGAGGCAGUUUAACCGAGGCAAGGGAACCGACAAGUACCCGAGUGUACAGUCCUCCGUCCAACAUGAUGGAGUCUAUUCCUACGAGUGGGAGUUUGCCCUCCGCCUCCGCAAACCAGGCAACCCCACAGACAAGACCCUUCGUUUUCGGAGCGGGUCUCCGCCGCUCGUCCGCGGAAUUUCUGACCAGCUCCAACAACUCCAACACCAGCACCAUGCUUAAUAGCCCUACAUCAUCAGGGGGUUCUCAUCUCCUCCCCCCGCAUCGUCAGUGCAAAGUGGUUCGGUGCUUGUUUGGACCUCCGGACCCCAAAAGUGGGCAAUUUGCUAGAGAGAAAGUGCUCGAGAUUUUGGAACAGGAUAAAAAUAAGUGGGACUUUGAUUUCAUCAACGAUGCACCUGUGAAUGCUCCAAGAAGAUAUAUUUGGGAGGCUGUGCCUUGCAUAAGAAGUGGUUCUAGUUCACAAAUUCCCACCGAGUCUUGCAAACAAUCAGCCGUGAGUUCAACUGUGACCUCUGCAUCGAUCUCAAAAUCUAGAGUCGACACCUCCGACUCUCUGCUCAUCAUUCGUCCCGUCACAUCAUCCACCUCGUCGUCAUGCACUUGUCCCCCACCGCCGCCGAGCAAGCAAAGUCCGGAGCGUCGCCUGUCGUCAUCUCCAAGUCGGGCUGAACAACGUCACCUUGUCCUCGGACCAGUCACCAUUUCGCACAGUACCACCAGCCACUUUUCGUCCUCGUCGAGUCAAUCCUCGCCGGAAAUUUCGGAAGAAAUUAAUCAUCUCCUCGUCUGCCUUCCAUCUCCACCGUCUUCCUUGGAGGAGGACUCGAGCAGACCGUCCUCUCCGGCAGAUUCUUCUUCCAACUCGACGACGGCUACGACGACGACAAAUAUCAUCUCAUCAUCAUCGCAGUCGAAAAUCACAGAUUUCAUGUCUACGAGGAAACGUCGGGCUGGAUCGACCACUGUGACGACGACCAGCACCACGACGGCUUCGUCAUGCGGAUCUCCACCACCCGACAAAAAGACGGCAUUAUAAUAUUCACACAUCGUAUGAGGAAUUGUGUGGAAUAUUUAUUAUUGGUUCUAUUAUUUCAUGUAUUUAUUAGCAAUAUAUACAAAAACUUUAUCAUCAUCAUCAUCGUGAACGGGCUUUUUAAUAUUUAAGGGUAGGAACAAAAGGGAUAUUUUUAUUAGUUACACAAUUGUGCAUGCGAGACAUAGAAACGAGUAUUUAUUUUAUUUGAAGAGUGUUUUGAAAGUAUUUAAAAACGAAAUUUAUCCAUUUUUAAUAAUUUACAUAAUUCAGUAACAAUUAUCCCGGCCUGACAUUUCGCAAUUCUUUUGAUCAUCAUUUAUCAGUAACAAACAAAUCCAUUCAAUCGCAAACUAUGUAUCGCAAUGAAAAUCCAAAUGAAAUCCCAAUCAUUACAUUAUUUUAGUUGCAAUCGUUUUGAAAAUCAUUUAACUUUAUUUUACAAGUAGAUAUAUUAAUUUGGUAGGAAAUUGUGUUUUUUUUUGUUUUUGCAUGAGCGUGGGGAAUGCGAGAUAGCGUAGUUAAUUAAGUAUAAAAGUGACUAAAUUGAGGAAGUACGCCAACGAGUGAGUUAUAUAAGUAAUAUAUAAUGCCAGCUUUAUUUUGUAGCAAUAUUGAAAUUUUUUGAAUCAACCAGACAAUUUUUGACAGAUUAUGAAAUAGCAGAGGAAAUUUUUAUUUAUGAAAUCGAUGAAUGCAUCAACUCUACAUACAUAACCUAAUUUUAUUGUUAUUGUUUUUGAGUUGGUAUUUAUAACAUUAUUGUUAUUUAUUCUUAUUGGUUUUGGUUCGUAGUUUGUACUCGCGUACUAAAUACUACGCUACUCGGUAAAUGUGUGUGUGUAUCAUGAAUUGAACUUUAUAUAAUAUUAUUAUUUACGAGUAGUCAAUUAAGUCACCUUCGUUUACGCUUAAAUCCAACGCUUCAAACUAUAUGUGUAAGUAGGUAAUUUUUAAACGUACGUGUAAUGCGUGAUGGACAAACAUGAACCUUAUUUAGUACAGUUCCAACAUUAUCUCAAAACUCAAUAUACCUACUUUAUCUCAUUUUACCUCCGAGUAAUAAUUGAAAUUUCCUGCAAAGUUGCAACAGCAACCAGUGGCAGACAGGACAAGAAAUUAAAGAUCUCCUCAUUCACCUAGAAAAUAUAUUACGUACGUGUUGUGUGCAUGCGUUUCCGGUAGAAGUAGAAAAAUAAUAGUUUUUUUUGUAUCGCCUGCAUAAUUCUUAAAAUAGUAGAGAAAUAAUAAUGAUAUUUUGCACAAUUUCAUCAGCCCCCCUCCCCCCCAUCAUCUCAACUUACCCACCUUUCAAUUAAGUACACGUACUAAAUGAACGAUUUUUUUAAAAUUAUGAUUAUUUGUUUGUUUAUAAAGGACAUUUCCGGGUGAAUAAUUUCUUUCGUCUUUGCUGAUCUACAUACAUACAUGCUCUAAGAAAGAUUUAGUAAUGGGAAAGGUUUCGGUUUAGAAAGAUCUCUUUUGCAAAACGGCAUUACAAUUUUCUGUACAAGGAUAUGCAACUUUUUUUAAAGAUGUAAAAAAAAACUUAAUGUGUAACACAACUUCAAGUACAACAAUGCCAGAUUUCAAUUGAUCUUUUGAUUUAGAAUAUCUGCUAAAAAACACACACGUUACAUAUUAUAUACACUAUACUGCUACACUUUACUGUACUACCACAAUUUACUACUUUAUUUCUAUUACUAUAUUCUCUACGUACAUUUAAAACUAAUCGAUCCACCUAUACUCAUCUUAGUAGCUUUUAGGUUAUCGUAUGCAUAACUCUGUUUAUGCAGCUAAUCAUCAUUAUCAUGACACAUACAACAACAACAAUAACAACACCUUUGUUCUGUAAUUGUAGUCUCAGUAAUAGUAUAAUUUUCUUAUAGGAUUUUAGUGUGUAUUAUGAAGAAAGCUUUAAUAUUUUACAAUAUUGCUACAACGUAUGAUUAUUAUCUUUAAUUUAUGUGUAUGAAUUAAAUACAAGUGUGUUAUGAUUAUUUGUUAGUUGUAGUUUUAGGAUUUUAGGAAUGUUAUACUUAGUAAUUGAUACUUUCCUCGUAUUUAUGGUUUAAAAAAGUGAAACAACACCUCGAGAUUGUGAUUGUAGUUGAGAAAAAUUGUUGAUAUUGGAACAUGUACAGUUUUCACUUUUGAAUAUAUUACGUAAUAACAAAUUGUUUGCAAGUUUGAACGUGAGAGAAUAAAAUUUUAUUUUUUUGUACUAAUAAUAA